AGCCAUUGUGUCUGCGUCCCGCAAGAGCAGCACCAUGGCAGAGAAGGGCAUGGAUCCCACAUGCGUCUCCAUUGCGCUGGAGGACACAGUGUGCCAUGCCAGCCCCCCGGAUGCCCCUCUCCUCACCACCCAUCUGAAGAAGGUGGAGAACCACAUCACGGAGGCCCAGAGGUUUUCCCACCUUCCCAAGCGCUCAGCUGUCAACAUUGAGUUCAUCGACCUCUCCUACUCCGUGCGCGAAGGCUCCUGGUGGAGAAAGCGAGGGUACAAGACUCUCCUGAAAUGCCUGUCAGGGAAGUUCUGUCAGCGGGAGCUCAUUGGCAUCAUGGGGCCCUCAGGUGCUGGGAAGUCCACCCUCAUGAACAUCCUGGCUGGAUACAGGGAGACCGGCAUGAAGGGCCAGAUCCUGGUGAACGGCCGGCCACGGGACCUGCGCACCUUUCGCAAGAUGUCCUGCUACAUCAUGCAGGAUGACAUGCUCCUGCCACACCUCACUGUGCUGGAGGCAAUGAUGGUCUCUGCUAAUUUGAAGCUGAGCGAGAAGCAGGAGGUGAAGAAGGAGCUGGUCAACGAGAUCCUGACAGCUCUUGGGCUGCUAGAGUGUGCCUACACCCGCACCAUCUCGCUGUCUGGGGGCCAACGCAAGCGCCUGGCCAUCGCCCUGGAGCUGGUGAACAACCCUCCGGUCAUGUUCUUUGAUGAGCCCACCAGUGGUCUGGACAGUGCCUCCUGCUUCCAGGUAGUUUCCCUGAUGCGGUCGCUGGCUCAAGGCGGACGGACCAUCAUCUGCACAAUCCAUCAGCCCAGUGCCAAGCUGUUUGAGAUGUUUGACAAGCUGUACAUCCUGAGCCAGGGUCAGUGCAUCUUCAAAGGUGUCGUGACCAACCUCAUCCCCUACCUGAAGGGUCUUGGCCUCUACUGCCCCACGUACCACAACCCUGCUGACUUCAUUAUUGAGGUGGCCUCAGGAGAGUACGGAGAUCUUAACCCCGUCUUGUUCCGCGCCGUCCAGAAUGGCAUGUGCACCAUGGCUGAGAAGAAGAGCAGCCCUGACAAGGCAGACUCGUCAUGCCCAGCACACUGUGUGGGGGACGUGGACCACAUCGAGAGCCACACAUUUGCCACCAGCACCACAACCCAGUUCUGCAUCCUCUUCAAGAGAACGUUUAUCUGCAUCCUGCGGGACACGGUGCUGACACACCUGCGGUUCAUGUCCCACAUCUGCAUUGGGGUGCUCAUAGGGCUGCUCUACCUGCACAUCGGCAACGAUGCUGGCAAAGUCUUCAACAACACUGGGUUUCUCUUCUUCUCCAUGCUCUUCCUCAUGUUUGCUGCACUGAUGCCCACCAUCCUCACCUUCCCCCAGGAGAUGUCUGUGUUCCUGAGAGAGCACCUGAAUUACUGGUACAGCCUGAAGGCCUAUUACUUGGCCAAGACCAUGGCGGAUGUGCCUUUCCAGGUGAUCUGCCCCAUCGCAUACUGUAGCAUCGUGUACUGGAUGACAGGCCAGCCUCCCGAGGCCACGCGCUUCCUCCUCUUCUCUGCUCUGGCCACUGCCACAGCCCUGGUGGCCCAGUCCCUUGGGCUUCUCAUUGGAGCAGCUUCCACUUCCCUGCAGGUGGCCACCUUCGUGGGACCCGUCACUGCCAUCCCCGUGCUGCUCUUCUCGGGCUUCUUUGUCAGCUUCAAGACCAUCCCCACCUACCUGCAGUGGAGCUCCUACGUCUCCUAUGUCAGGUAUGGCUUUGAGGGCGUCAUUCUCACCAUCUACGCCAUGGAGCGUGAGGACCUGGAGUGUCUCGAGGACUUCUGCCCUUUCCAAAAACCCAUCAAGAUCCUGCAGGAGCUGGAUGUGGAGGAGGCCAAGCUCUACCUGGACUUCCUCAUCCUGGGCAUCUUCUUCAUCAUCCUGCGGCUUCUGGCUUACCUGGUCCUCAGGUACAAAGUCAAGUCAGAGAGAUAAAGGGGCUGCUGGGCCCCGAAGAUGUACCCGGGCCUGGCCGGCUGUGAGAGACGAUCUGCAGACGGACACAGCACUCCUGGCAGGUCAUGGUCCGGUGGUGGAGGUGUUGGCAGGUGCCAGCCAGGCCUGGCUCAGUCGAGAAGGGUUUUGAGAUCUCGGAACUGUUUUAACCUUUCCACACACUCAUCAUCGCACAUGUUUUGUACAGCCCUGGCAUGUGCCACCCUCUCCCCUGGGACUGACAGACCCUGUGGAGCUUGGAUCCCCUCUGGUCACCUCUGCCCAGCACCUCCCCUCUCCACCAAGCCCCUCAGGACAGCAGGGACA